AUCAGCUACCUACCUAUAAUACAAACCAUUGAUUUAACUCUUCGACCUGCGCUUUGUUAAAUUUACGUUCGAUGUAGGUGCCUAAUGCAAAAUAAACGAGAACAUGAAAAAGACAAGAGGAGAACUGUUAAAAGAAAAUGUCAAUUUGACGAAACUAGUAAUGAAGUACCUACCUAAUCACAUUAAUAGGCGAGGAAAAUAUUUUCAGGAUAACUGUAUUCUUCGUUAUAUUGGACAAAUCGAUUGGCUGAACUUGUAAGACUUAGCAGUUCAUACAUAGAGAUCUAUGUGUCUAUGUGUUUUUUCAAAAAUUCAACGACGAAACUAUUUCUAAAAAAAAGUAGAGUAGCUACUAAUAUUGUUUUUAUGCACAUUGGCAAUAAAUUGUUCAGUAGAGCGCUGGUUUUCAGUAUUGAAAAGAGUAAAAACCAUAUCUUCGUUCAAUAAUGGAAUGCCCAAAUUAAACGUGACGUCAACUUUCAAUGUUACAGUAUCGCAUAAUGUGGAGUUUAAGUGCUUUGUGGUAUAAACAAUCGACAAUUAAUAUGGGUUAUUACUAAUUAAUAUAAUUGAUGAUUUCGCAUUAAAAAAAGUUCGUAGAGAGCUAAAUGUUAUAGUUUACUAAUACAUUGCAGGUAAAUAAAUAUUUCUUAUUAAUUAAAUUGUCGUACUUUUUUUCAUUAGGGUGAAUCCAUGGUCACAUAGACCAUUAGGAGUGAGGUGGUGCAGUAAGGGGUUAUUUUGUGUAUUUUUUGUAGGUUUUUGAGUUGGUACCGUUGUAACACGUAGUAGGUAUUGUGUUUGAGUGCUAUGUUUUGUCACUGAAAACCCGUCUGGUCACCCAUCCAGGGGCUACCGACACCGGGCGCAGCGUAGCUUCAUCAAUCUUAAGUGAUUGUGGUCAACCCCUGCACCACACUAUGAGCGUAUUAAUAUCUUUAUAAUUUGUAUAAUUUUAAGUUUUAUAUAACAACUUAAGUUUAAUUUAAGGUAUUUCAUAUUUUUCAUUUAGACACCUAUACCUACUAAGUAGGUACUAAACUACAAUUAACUUUUACUUCAACUAACUAGACGUUUGUUUUUAUUUUAUUUUAUUUUUAUAUGAAAAUUUUAUUUUUAUUUGUUGGCCUAAUUAACAUAGUAUAACGUAACUAUGCUCUAAGCUGCAAAUAUAUGUAGGUAUCAACAAUAUAAUUUACUAAACUAUAGCAACCUAAUAUUAGGUAUGUUGUUUAUUAUUGAUUCGAUUAUGUUUCUUAUUGUCCGUACCUACUGUCAAUUUUGUAAAUCCAACUGAAAUCCAAAUAAACCAAUUUUUCACUUCGUGAGCUGCAUUGUGCGUCUGCAUAAUAUGACGGCUAACCAAAACAUGUCAAAUAAUUUUGACAAGAAAAAUAUUAUUCCAACUGCAUCAGGCUCAGUAUCUAGUACAAUACGUCAGCGUAUUCUAGAUAUCACCAGAUCGUUGAUUGGAACACCAGUUUUUAAGAAAAAAAGAGGAAAGAAAGCAACACGAUUGCUCAAAGUAGAUCCAACUGAAAUCAAAACAACCCCCAUUUCACUCCUCAAAUCCGGGAAAGAAAUGAAAAGGGUAUCUGUUUGGGAUGUUAGUUCACUUGCACGUAACGAGGCCGGCGACAAAAAAUUGAAAAAAGCUUCCGGCUAUAUUUGUGCUGAUUGUUCAUGUACAUCGGCCAGAAACCAAUUCGGCGAAGUGGAACCGCUACAACAAUGCACAGGCAAAUGUGGCAUUUUAUUGCAUUCAUCUUGUCUGGCAAUUAAAUGUAGGGGAACUUCGAUUGCUCGAGGAUCUCGAUGGUUUUGUCAGGACUGUAAAACAUGUUCGGCAAUACCAGCCUGUCCAGUGACUGAAAGCAAGUAUUUGUUAAACUGUGAUACGUGUGACCGAGGUUAUCAUUUGCAAUGUCUACAACCUCCUGCAGCUUCGGAUAAACCGAAAUCGGUAUGGAGGUGUUCGUUUUGCUUGGAUAAUCCAGACACCAUCGUCUCAGCUAUUGAGGUAGAACCGUUUGGAGAGCUCGAGGGUAGGAAAAAGACGAGCCUCGAAACUCAAAGUUUAAUAUCAAACAUCCGUAAGCGUAAAAAUCCGAAUACUGUGAAAAAUGAGAAAACUAAUGAACUAAACAGUGGUGUCAAGCUGAAUAGUAAACAUGAAAAGAAAAAACAGAAAAUUGAAUUGGGAUAUUGGGCCGUGCGUUUGGAUCGAAUGCCAAACGAAAAUGUGCCAAAUAAUUUAAUCUCAAAUACCCUUAAGCGUAAAAAUCCAAAUAAUGCGGAAAAUGAGAACACUAACAAACUAGACAACGGUGACGAGCUGAACAUCAAAUAUGUAGAAAAAAAACAGAAAAUUGAAUUGGGAUACUUGACUGUGCGUUUGGAUUUAAUGCCAUACGAAAAUUUGGCGAAUAGUUAUGACAAAAUAAAUUUUAUUCAAAUUGAAGCAGAUUCAGUAUUCAAUGCGAUAUGUCUAAAUCGUCCAAAUAUCACACCAUCAUUGAUUGAAACAGAAAUCUUAAAACAUAGUUCUGAAAGGAAAGCACUAUUGGUUAAAGCAGAUUCAAAUUACAUUGAAACAAACCCCUCUUUACUCCAUACAGCUGGUAGAAAAAGGAAAAUGAUACCGCCUGAUGCAAGUGACAAAAAAUUUAAUAAAGGCUCCACCACUUCUAUUAACGUAGAACCGUUUGGAGAGCUCGAGGAUAGGAAAAAGUUAAAUCUCAAAGCCCAAAGAUCCAAUCGUGGUCGAAGUCCAGAAAUAAAAGAGCAAAACGCUGAGCUUGGAAUACCAUCGAGUUCAAUGAAUCGACGUGAUGACCCGAAAAACGUGCUCGAAAAUAUGAAUGGCCCUGUCGUUUCUGGGGUUGUACACGACGAUGUCGAAAUCUGUAAGGAGACAAAAAAACCGGCAAAGAAUAGUAAAAUUCAAGCUCCAGUUAGAUGUCCAGCUACAAUUCAAUUCGGGGAAUUUGAAGUGGAGACAUGGUAUUCAUGCCAAUUUCCCGAAGAACAAGCACCAAAAUUGUAUUUCUGUGAAUUUUGUUUGAAAUUUUCAAAGAGUAAAUCAGUUUUAGAAAGACACACGCGGUGCUGUAACUGGAGACAGCCGCCAGGGAUAGAAAUCUACCGAAAUGGAGAUUUGAGUGUUUUUGAAGUUGAUGGACAUACCAACAAGAUAUAUUGCCAAACACUGUGUAGAAUAGGAAAAUUGUUUUUAGAUCAUAAAACUCUGUACUAUGGGGUUGAACCAUUCCUAUUUUACGUGUUGACAAAAAAUGACGGUUUUGGCUGUCAUUUGGUUGGUUAUUUUUCAAAAGAAAAAGAAAAUGAAGAACAUUGCAAUGUAGCUUGUAUCUUAGCAAUGCCACAAUACCAAAGACAAGGGUAUGGUCGAUUUCUAAUCGAAUUCAGUUAUCUCCUAUCUAAAACUGAAAAGCAACCGGGGACACCAGAAAAACCCCUUUCUGGUUUGGGCCAACUGUCGUAUAAUGCGUAUUGGAAAGGUGUUAUACUAGAAUAUUUAGAUAAUCAUAGAAACAGUGAAAAUCUAUGUAUAAAUGAUAUUAGCAAUGAAACUGGUUUAACGGGGCACGAUAUUACUAAUACUUUUAAAUCUUUAAACAUGGUUGUGGAAGUAUUUAAUGACAUUACAAUAUGCAUUGACUGGAGUAUUGUAGAUGCUCAUUUAAAAAGGAAAAAAAAAAUCAAAAAAAUUCAUAUUAAACCGGAUUGUUUAAGUUGGACACCUGCAAAUUUAUCAUUUUCAUCAGAUGGCAAAGAUAGCCAAAAUCGUGGAAAAUCUCUUUUAAUUAAGUGUAUUGCAUGAAAAAUGCCAAUGAGUCCGUCAGUCGAGAUCUACCCAUCGUCGUUAACGGUUGUCUUAUCGCCAGUUAACCACAUCGGAGUUGCGUUUUACUACCGUACUUCAUUAAAGCAACAGCUUGCGGCAACGGCCGCCUUCUCAGGAAAAAAUCCGGGCAAAGAAAAAUUAUAUCUGCGUUAACUUCAUCUCAUCUCUCAAACCCAGGAUUCAAGCAAGGAAGAAACGUAACCUUCAGUUUCAAUUACUUCGAACACACACAGCAAUCCAGUUUCACCAAGUCUACAACAUAUCAUUACAAAUCAUCUUGUUCUUUAUACAAACAAUGAAAAUAAUUUCGCGUACGGUAACUCCACGAUUAUGAACGACACUAUCGACAAUAGUCCUAUUGAUAACGAUUUAAUUAGCUCUCCACGAAAACCCGAGCGUGUUAUUACAAACACUACCUUUUCUCAUACUACGUUAUCCACUGCCAAACUAACAUAACACAGAUCAACACCUCAAGCACUUCGAAUCAAAUUUUGACGGCACACCGGUAAUUAAUCAUUGAACUGACCGAUUCUAAUAUUUUAUAUUUCUAUCUAACGCCCGUUAAAGUAUGCCAUAUUCCUUAGCAUCAAGGAUGCUAUGCAUAUUCUAUGCAUUAAACCUAAUGGUCAUAAAAAAGUCAAAACAACAUUCGACUCGAUUAAUCACCCCAAUUUAUGCCUCGAGUCACCUCUCCUCGCCGCAAACAAUUUGUCGGAUUAUAUUCCAUCAAUCUUAAUUUUUUUACAUGGAUAUUUGGGACAGUGUAACAUGUGACAUGCCCGUUAUUGGUUUCAAAUGUAUUGUCGUCAACAGAGAUUGUGACCUCACACCUACCGGAAUAUUGUCGAAUUAAAAUUUUUGUCCGUCCUUCAAAAUCCGAAGUUCACUAUCAAUCUUUAACGUACUUUUUGAUAAUUCGCCGAGUGUUCGUUCGCAUCUUCAAUUCAACAAGUGCUUACAGUUUGGGCAUAUCUCUACAUUUUGCAGCAGCAGUCCAGAUGCACGGAUGCAAUACCUGCGGAGAAAGCAAACACUCCAUCGACUAGUAUCCGACUGCCUAAGCCACCGAUCCUCGCUGCAUCUUCUUCCAUAUUCCCUAAAAUUGAUACCAACCGCAAAUGCUAAGAAAGGGAUUUUCAACGUGAUAUCAUAAAAACGAUGUUUACCAAAAAUAUUUUUUUCCGUGAUGCCAUCAACUCCAAAAAAUAAAAUCAGAUUACUUUUAAUAUUGUCAAUAAAUAGCCUAUAGUUACCUUCGUCCCUACAACCUAGUCACCAAUAUUCAAUUCCUAUUACUGAAAACACCACCACUCUCCGAGUUAACCUAAACGUUUUUGCUAUCACAUUUAUCCCCCUUCUCGCACUCAUAACGACGAUUGGUUAAAUGAUACCUGAACGUCACCCUAUGUUCUUUGCACAAUAAUGUUCUAUCCUCCUCAUUUUUUCUAAUAGCUUUUGAAAAAUGUGAAUCUUUAAUAUUCCCUAGACGUCGCUACCUUCAAUGUCAUGCCAUAACAAUCAAUGAUCAUACAAUUGCGCGAGUCUCAAAACUAUACUUAUAGGCCUAAGUUUCGAUGGUCUCCUCACAUAUACCACUUAACUAUUUUUGCCACUCUUUGGACUAACUUUCUUAGAUCUUUGGACAAUUUAUGUUGGGGAUCCCACCCUUCUACAUUAAUGCUUUUAUGCAAAUCUGUUGUACAUUUCAAAUUAAUUUAUUGUUGUUUUUCAUACUUCUAUGUCUUUAAAAACUAUUUCUCAUCAUUGUAAUACUAGUACGUAAAUUGUAAUAGACUGAAUUUAUAAACUAUUUUUUAUUAUAGUAAUACCUAUUGUUAUAGA